AUGGAUUCGUCUGGCUCCCAGGAGAAGAAACCCGUCCCUCGCUUCGCCAGCUUCAAGCCUCCUCCUCCGCCCGAAGCUGAUCGUCCGCCCGAGCGCCCGCGUCGCGACAACACUGGCCACGAGGACAAGUCGAGGUCUCAUUCAGAGCGCCACUCGAGACAUCGGAGCCAUCGUGAUCGGUCUAGAUCGCGAGAGCGUCGCCGCAGACACAGGGACAGGGAACAUCAUUCACAUAUUAAUAAGGCCAACCACCAUGAUCGCACCACCUCCGAAACCCCGCAUACUUCGUUGUCCAACCGCGACGCUACGAAGAAGGACGAUGCGUCGGACCUCUACGUCAUUGAUGUCAAAGGAGACAAGUACAACUUGAUCUACGGCACACUUCAUCGCUACAGCGUUCCUGAUUAUUACCGCGUUGGACGAGGUAAUGUGCUGGGCCUACCCUCGAGCUACCGAAUAGACCGGGACAGUGUCGUGGAAGACAAGCUGGUUAUAAGAGACGAAACGCAAAGGAAAGGGCUUUCCCGAACCAAGACAAAAAGCAUUCUCUCGGGUCUCAGCAAACAGAACCCCCGGUUGCUCCGCUUCAAACCCCAGUCAUUGCUCGAUGCAGCUGCAGACUUCUCCAAGGAUUAUCUGCCUUUGAGUACUUCCAGUAGUCGAAGGCAUCGGGCGGUUUUUGGAGACCCUGGUUUUGACGAUGAGAAAUACGCAUAUCGCUCUAUUCAUGGCAAGGCGAAAUUGGAAGAUCACUUGCCCAGCGAUGUCGAAGCCACGUCCGACAGUGGCGCAGAUGAAGAUGGCAUCCGUGGAGAUCCUGAUGAGCAGAUCAAGCAGAAGAAUGCGCUGUUGUCGCGGAACUUGGAUAGAAACCCCGCAGACAUUGGUUCCUGGUUUGAGUACAUCGCUCAUCAAGAAUCAUUAUUGCGCGGAUCAGCGGGCGAGAACAAACCCUUGACAUAUGCAGAAAAGCAGAGCUUGGCUGACAUCAAAUUGUCUCUGUACGAGAAGGCUCUUAGUAAAGUUGGACAGAGCGAGGCAAAAGACCGACUUCUAAUUGGCUUUCUCGAGGAGGGUGCAAAGCUCUGGGACACCAAGAAGCUCGCCGCGCAGUGGCAGGCCGUUCUACGUUCCAAUUCGCAAUUUAUAAGCCUAUGGGUGAAAUACCUUGACUUCUGCCAGACUGAAUUUCUAAAUUUCACAUAUCAACGGUGCCUUGAUACAUAUAUCGAGUGUUUGAGAUUGAAUCAGUCUGCGCCAGAGAACCCUGGGAAGUCCCCGGUUCAAAUGUAUCUCUUCCUCCGCUUGACACUUUUCAUGCGCGAAGCGGGAUUCUCUGAGCAUGCAGCAGCUCUCUGGCAGGCAGUACUAGAGGUCGCUUUCUUUCGACCAGAACCUUUGAAGGAAAGGCAUGAUAGCAAAGAGGUCAUCCCGCCAUUCCUAGACUUUUGGGAGUCUGAAGUCGCCCGGAUAGGUGAUGCGGCCGCCAAAGGUUGGAAGUGUGGCAGCAAAGAUCUACCCACUCAGCAGGAAUUCAAUCCCGUGUUUCACCUCGAUCCCAAGAAAUUGAUUCCGUCCUGGGCGCCAUGUGAAAGAGAAAGGAUCACCAAUGCGCGGUUGCCUGCUUUCAGUCUGAACGAAUCCGAGCAGGACGACCCUUACCGUGUGAUCUUGGCCUCCGAUCUCGAUGAGAUCCUGACCCUGGUGUGGGAUGUGGACUCGCCGACACUACUGCUCGAUGGCUUCCUCUCUUUUUGUCGCCUUCCGCCGAUGGUGACGGCGGAGAAUCAGAGCUCUAUUGGCCGUAGAACCGGUGAUCCAUUCGUUCGAAAUGAAGUCAUGAGCAGCUCAAUCUCUAGGAUCGAUGACUGGGUUUCGCGCGCAUCCUCAGCAGACGAAUCUACGGCGCUGUCACCCUUCCGAUUCCCUCAACAUAAUCUUAUCAGCACAAUUGAGACCCUUAUACCUGAGCAAGGGAGAUGGUUCUCGUCUUUAGACGCGUGGAACACAGCCACCUCGAAUUCCGAAUUUGAUGUUGUUCCUAUGUGGGUGCGAAGGGCUCUGAGGUUGCUGGUAGAUGCCAAUCCCAGCAAUGAUGACUUGGCUGAAUUUGCGCUCUGCGUCGAGUUCUCAUGUAGUAGCAAAGACGCGAAGAAGUUUGCGAAGUCUCUACUCAAGAAGAGGUCGUCUAGUUUACGGCUGUACAACGCAUUUGCGCUGAUGGAGCGUCGGUCAGGCAACCACGGCGCAGCUGAUCAUGUCUGGGCAACAGCGCUCUCAAUGAGCAGGGCAUUCCCCGACCAUGACAGAGUGGAUAGCAUCCUACUGUGGCAGACAUGGCUGUGGGAGCUUUUGGACACCGGCAAUAUAGCUCAUGCUUCCUACAUUUUACUGAGCAUCCCACAAGACAGCAUUGAUCUGAGUGCUCUACCCCAAGACUCAACUCAAGCUACCUUCACACCAACCAGCCUCCUCAAAAUCCAAAGCCAUCUUUCCGAGCUCCAAGAAAAGGUCCUCGCCCACCGCAAGGCCACCAACUUCACAGCCAGCACAGCCUGCCUCGCCAUCCUCUCCUACCUCACUAACUCCCAGGACCUCCACAAAGCCCUCGAAGCGUACACGCACGCUCUCGACCGACUCAGCCUCCUCCCCCAGUCAUUGAACCCCGUCCAAACCUACACCACCGAGCUCCUCCACCAAUCCCGCGCAAGACUCCUAUACCACCACAUCCACACCCGCCGCACCUACAAACCCUCGCACAUCCGCGCCCUCUUAUCCGAAAGCAUCACCCUCUUCCCCCACAAUACCAUCUUCCUCUCCCUCUUCGCCUGGACCGAAGCCCGCUUCCGUAUAGACGACCGCGUCCGCAGCGUCGUCCGCGACAUCGCCCGCAAUAGCAACAUCACCACCACCAUCACCAAAAACCCCACGGACCCUUACAAUCUCUCCACCCCACCCAUUCCAAUCACAACGCACCUCUUCUCCAUCUAUACCGAACUCAGCCGCCCAGUCUUCGCCGGCUCCACCGCCCACUCCGUCCGCGCAGCCUUCGAAGAAGCCCUCGGCGACGACACUCCGAAGUCCGCACCCUCAUCCUCACCCCGGAGUUCAACAUCACCAUCAUCCUCCUCAUCAGCCCGCUCCAACCCCUCGACCUGGAAACUCUACAUCCUGUUCGAACUCGCACAGCACGAGAUUCACCGCGCCAAGGAGGUCUUCUACCGCGGCAUGCGCGCGUGUCCCUGGUCGAAGGAGCUGAUCAUGCUGGCAUUCACGCAUCUGCGAGCGGACAUCCUCCGCCCGAGUCACCUCGGGGAUGCACAGCCGCGGAAAGGGAAAGAAGGGAUGGGUUUCGAUGAGCUGCGACAUGUGUACAAUGUGUUGGUGGAGAAGGAGUUGCGGAUCCAUGUUGACAUCGAGCGGGAGCUGGAUGAUCUCGCGGUGAGGAUGGUGGAGAGGCAAGGAGCGGGCGUGGUAGAGUUUGGCGGUGGGGUCAUCCGGAUGCCUGAUGAUGGGGAUGAUAUUAAACAAACAACAAUCCAAGGCAAAAAGAGAUAA